AUGGGGCUGCGGACCCUGCACGCUGGGCUGUUUUUGCUGCUGCUGCUAUGCCUGGCCAGGGGCAGCCUCCAGGGGGGAGUGAAACCACAGGCAAACGGAGCCCUACGGCGUCUCUACCUCCCAUCGCUGAUCUGGGGUGCAGGGGGAGUUCACCCUGAAGCUGGGCUGGGACCAGCUGGAGCCAAGGCAGGACCAUACACCGGCUAUGGACCCCAAGGACUGCAGCUGGGACCGGGAGCUCAGAACGGGUUUGGAGUGGCACCAGGUGUACGAGUGAAGCCAGGCAAAGCAGGCUAUGGGGUCCCCGCCGGUUACGGUGCAGGAUUAGGUGGUUAUUCCCAGGGUGCAAAACAAAAGCUAGGGUACUUCCAUGUUGCGCUGCCCCUGGGAGGUUUUGGGGCAGGACCCAGAGCCGGCAGCUACCCCACAACUCAACAAGGCUAUGCUGGAACAGGCGGUGGGUACCUAGUCAAUGGAGCACAGCUUGGCUACGAGAAUGGCUAUGGUGCAGGAGGGAACAGUCACCCUGGGGCCGGACUCCAGACAGGAUACGGUGCCCAGGCCGCAUACUUGGGGCGUUUCGCUGGCCCUGGCACAGAUCUCUCAGCUGCUAAAUUUGGCCUGGGCCAGCUUCCAUACAAUGGGCAGCCCCAACAGGCCAUGCCCACGGGUCUAGGGGGAGACUACGGUGCUGGGAAAUACGGUGGCACAGGGCAGCUGACGUACAGGGCACAACCGGCUAGGCCCAGUGCCCUGGAUGGCAAUGGGAACGGACCGGGAUAUGCCAACGGUGGGGAUCUGCAGGCUAACGGACUGGCUGCUGGGGGAUACGGGACACUCCCAGCAGGACAAGCUCCCAGGGGCUAUGGACUAACUCCAGCAGCACACGGAGGCAAGGAGGCCAAGUAUGGCCUGAACGGCUUUCUGGGGAAUGGAUACAGAGGUCGCUGCCCUCCCGGGAAGUGCUGAAUGCCGGACCUUCACCUGGGGAACUCCACGCCACAGGAUGGCACGAGCUGGCCGCUUCUGGUGCUAAGAGAAACAAGAAUUUCUCCUGAUAUAAAUUAUCAUCUCUUUCUCUUUUUUCCUCUUUAUUUUUAAUGGCUAGAGAUCUGUCUUUUUAAAGGAAAAACAAAUGGUGACUGUCAAUUUAACUUGUUUUUGGAAGGCGAGGCUGCAACAUUUCUGGUGACCUCUGACUACGGUGACCAGAUAGCAAGUGUGAAAAAUCGGGAUGGGGGUGAGGGGUAAUUUGCACCUAUAUAAGAAAAUGUCCCAAAUAUCGACUGUCCCUAUAAAAUCGGGACAUCUGGUCACCCUACCAGACCUCCCUGCCUCUUUGGUCUUGGCCAGUGAGGUGAGAAGGAUUUUAAGGGUAGGUCAGUCCAGGAAUAUGGGAUGCACAGAGGGGGUGACUCAGUUGUUACCUCCCCUUCACUGGAUAGGCAGCGAAUAUUCAUUUGUAGCCAGAAGGGGGG